AUGAAACCAAACAUAUUGGAGAAAAAAAAAAAGAAAAAAGCACAAGUAGUGUUGGGUGAUACAAAUGGGAUAGAAGUUGAUGGAUUAGAAAAUGACAAAAAUAAAGCACCCAUUCAAAAUAAUAAAAAUGAAACGCUAACUAGAUUUCUGUUUCCAAAGAAUCCAAGAGCUUUUGCUAAUUUGAUUGAAUUUUCUUUUUUAAAUGAGGAAUUCACACCUGUGGAUCAAAUUGAUCACACUGUUUUCCACCUGGAUAUGAAAUCAUGUGUGGUGAGAAAAGACAGCGAUGAAGGCAAGAAGCAGAUAGAAUUAAUAAAAAGGAAAAUAGAAAAGGCCAAUACCUUUACAGUUCUAAAGGAUAAUGAAUGCAUUUACCAUAAACCAAAGAACUGCUUCGAUUAUAUGGAAAGAUAUACACAGACCAUCCCUCUCUCUUUCAAGGAUGAAGCCACAAAGACAGAACCGCAGGAAAUUAAUGAAAUCUGUGACACGGUUUGUCAAUCGAUAAUUUAUGAUGCAUACAUGCUUGACUUCAAGAAACUUUCUAAUGAGGACGAUAAGGAAAAGGGUAGAUGUAACUACAGCAAUAAUGAUGAUGAGGAAAGAAGUAAGAAGUACGGGUCCAAUGCAGUAGUUGAGUUAAGUGAGUGUUCAGAUGUAGGUUCAGGGAACUUUUCUAAUGACGAGAAAUUUGCAACAGUUCUUUUCUCUUCGUCUAGUUCGAGUGAUAACGAUUCAGAUGCGAUUAGUGAAGAAAAUGAUGGUUAUGUAGACAAAAUUAGUUGCAAGAACUCUGGGCGUGCUGAUGCUGUGGAUUAUUAUAUACAGGAAGGAGAGGUAGAGGAUCAGAAUUAUGGUGAUGAUAACAGUUAUGAUUGUGGUGCAAAUCUGGAUGAUGGGGAUAGCUGUGUUAACGAUGAUAAUCGUGACGAUGAUGUUUUCUUGGAGGAUGAGGAUAUCGCUGGAGUGAGAAAUGAGAAAGGGGUGAAAUAUGAUAAAGAAAAUGAAGACGAUGCAGAAGAAGGAGAAGAGCAAGGGUUGAAGAGUCAAAAUAAAGACAACAGUCUUAUAACUGUUUUGAAAGAAGAUACAAAGGAAGGUGAACAGAUGAUAUCCCUGAAAGGGUCUGAGAAUGGAGAUGGAACUUCAGAAAAGAGAGUGGAUGGUUCGAUAGAUGUUACCAAAAUAGACGGGAAAGAAAUUUCCAUAAGAAAAGCGAUAAAAAAUGGGGCACAAAAUGGGGCACAAAAUGGGGCACAAAAUGGAGCAAAAAGUGGAGCAAGGAGUGGAGCAAGGAGUGGUGGAAGAGGUGACGGCAAAAUGAGCGGGAAGAAAAAAAGAAAAGAAUCCUUCAGCGGGAAACACGAACUGUACUUUAUAAACUACAAAGACAUAAAUGAAAAGACGCACAAAGAAUUGAACUUCAUUUACCAAGAUGAGAAAGUAAAAAUAAAUGACGAGAAGAUUUUAGGAAAAAAGCGAUUUUUGAGAACUUUAAAACUGAUGGACAGAAUAUAUAACAAGAACAAUGAAGAGGAAAUAUACUUAUGUUAUAAAAAUAAAAAUAACAAGAAUAUUUUGACGAAAUUAUGGAUUUUUUCAUUGCAUUUUUGUAAUCAAUUAGUUGUUACAGAUAUAAAAUUUCAUCCAUUUUAUGAAGAUUUAUUUGCUAUAUCUUUUAAAAAUAAUGACAUAAAAGUAAAUACAGGUAUAUUAUGUUGUUUCACUUUUAAAAAUACCAAAAGUCCUGAACACUUUUUGAAGACAAGCUUUCCCAUACAUUCCAUCGAAUGGUCAGCUGUAAACUAUUCAGUCAUCAUCCUAGGUUUGUCUAACGGAAAUAUAUGCAUAUACGAUUUAAAAAAAAAAAAAAAUGAAAAACUGAUAUUUGAAAGCAAUAUAAGACAAAUAUAUAAUAGAGAUAUAAUUUCACAAAUUUUUUUUGAUAAAAGAAACAAAUCUUUUUAUUCUAUUUCUCACGAUGGGAAUAUUUUCUGUUGGAAAUAUAAUAAUAAAUUUACCGUUGGAAAUAAAUUACUAACAUUACGAAAAGAUUUAGGUGAUCAAUUUAAUCACUCUCUCAACAUAAUACAUACACAGUCAAUUACUUGUAUCGACUUUAACCCUUUCCAGAAAAAUCUUUUUCUAAUUGGAACCAACAAAGGAAAAAUAUAUCUUUACUCAAGUACUUAUUCUGAUAAUUAUCUCAGCUUCUACAAUGAACAUACCAUGUGUGUUAAUUGCAUUUCUUAUAACCAGUUUAGUCGAAAUAUUUUUAUUUCCUCUUCCUAUGACUGGACUAUACGAAUAUGGGACCAGCAACACCCUCGAUCGCUCAUUGUGUUGGACAUCAAGGAGUGUGUAUAUGACGUCCGAUGGAGUCCCUUUCUCUCAACAUGUUUCCUCGUUAUUAGUUCAGACAACCAUGGGCACUUGCAUAUCUACGACUUAAGCAUGGAUAUAAACAAAGCCAUUAUUACAGAAGUGAUAACAAAGAAAAAAAAGCUACGGAAACUGUGUGUCAAUAAAUUUAACGAAAUUAUUUUAAUUGGAGACGAAAGUGGACUCUUACAUUCAUAUAAAAUGUCGUACGCCUUUAACCCAACAUACAUGGAUUAUCUUAAUGGGAAAGUUGGGUACUCAUUCCAAGUCAAAAUGAUGAAUUCGUUCCUCACCAAAGUAAAAUAG